AUGGUGUCAGUAAAACCUAAAGUGCCGCUAAAGGCAAAAAAUAAGAAAGAUAAGAAGCCUGUUAAAAUUGAGAAGCAAAAUAAAAAAGCAAAGCCGCAAAAACCACAACCAAAACUUACUCCACCAUCCCCGAAAGAAAUAAAAAUUGUGAAGCAAGUUAAAGAGGAAAUUAAAAAAGAAGAUGUACAGAAGAAGAAAACUAAAUACGUGAUGCCUUCAGCGAGUAUCACCGAUGAUUUAGUCAACUCUUGUUUGAGUGCUUUGCUUGAUGUUAUUGUUCCCAACGAUAGACAGAAAAACAAAAUCUUCGAAGACGAGAAACCUAUAUUUGCUGAAAUCCACUGUAUGAAAAUUCAGAACACUAAAGGAAAUAUAAGAUUCGUGCUACCACACAGCACCGUUGCUUCCACUGGAGAAGUGUGCUUAGUGACGCCAGAUAUCAAGAAAGGAAGAAAACAUGACCAUGAACCCACUAUUGACCGCUGGGAAGAAAUCUUAAGAAAGGAAGGUGUUACUGGGGUUAAAACAGUACUACCAGUGAGGCAACUGAAGGUGGAGUAUGACCAAUUUGAACUGAAACGCAGACUUUUAACUCAACACGACUUUAUAAUGGUUGACACUAGAGUACUCAACCAUGUCUCGCAUAUACUGGGAAAGAUGUUCUUCAAAAAACAUAAUAUGUUGGUCCCUGUUCGAAUUAAUGAAGAGAAAAAUUUAAAGAAAAGUAUUGACCUUGGUCUAAGGACUGCUAUUUUACGUCUAAGUGAGGGAGAGACCUCAACCAUCACCAUAGGCCACACAGCGAUGCCUAAGGAGAAACUAAAAGAAAACAUCAUUGCUUUAGUCCAUCAACUACAGACUAAAUUCCCUGGUGGGGAAGCAAACAUUAGAGCCAUAUCUUUGAAGUUGCCACUAUCAGUGUCACUUCCUUUAUACCUCACUUUACGGCCAUCAAGCACAAUUAAACCACCGAAACUGACUCAAAAGAGACCUAAGCACUACACUGUAUUGGAAGAUGAACUAUCAACAAUGCCUGGCAAGGCUGUCAGGGUAGCUCCUGAUGGUACCGUCAAGCUAAAGAAUCUUAAAACAACUCCCAAGGCUAGCAAAAAAGAAGAGAAAAAAGUUGUUGAUGAUGAAGAAGAAGAGGAAUUAGAUGAUGAAGAUGAUAGUGAGGAAUUAGAAGAAUCAGAAACAAAUGAUGAAUAG